AUGAGAAUUAGAGGACACUGCCUCUAAAAUGAGUUCUCCAUCUUCUGAAUCAAGCUGUGCAUCAUUGAAGAGUGAUCAAUCAUUGAUUAAUCAUCCACUUGAAUUCAAUGAUACAGUGACCUCUGACACCAGUGUCAGCAGGAGAUCAGAGUCUCCAAAACCCAGUUGUGUGUCUGUUAAGAGUAACACAUCAAUGGAUCACCCAUUUCAAUUCAGUGAGGAACGGGUGACCUCUGAACCUCUAAAGCAGAUAUAUGAGCCAGUCAAUUUAUUGCCGUCCUUUACAUCCAACUAUCAGACUCGCAUUAAAAAGGAAGGAACUAAAGCGCUCCUGCAGACACACACACUGGAGACUGAAAACCUACAAAGAGUCAAAAACCAGCACAAAACCAGCAUGAAAAAGAAGUUUGAGAGAUUACUUGAGGGAAUCAAACUCCAAAAGAAUGAGACCCUCCUGAACAGGAUCUACACACAGCUCUACAUCAUAGAGGAAGAGAGUGAAGGAGUGAAUGAAGAACAUGAGGUUUUACAGAUGGAGAAAACAAACAGAACAAAACACUCACAAGACACUCCAAUCUACUGCAAUGACAUCUUUAAAUCCUCACCUGAACCAGGAUGUGAGGAGAAAGACCAAAUCAAGACUGUUCUUACUAAAGGCAUCGCUGGAAUCGGAAAAACCGUCUCUGUGCAGAAGUUCAUUCUGGACUGGGCCGAGGGAAAAGACAAUCAGGAUGUAGAUUUCAUGUUUGUGCUUCCAUUUCGAGAGCUGAACUUGAUCCGAGAUCAUCAGUACAGUCUUCACAGACUUCUGCUGGACUUUCAUCCUGAACUUCAAGAUCUGGACUCAAAGAUUUAUGAGGAGUGUAAAGUUGUGUUCAUCUUUGAUGGUCUGGAUGAAAGCAGAAUCACACUGAUGUUUUCAGAUGAUCAGAAAGUUUGUGAUGUGACUGAGACUUCAUCAGUGGGUGUGUUGAUGUCAAACCUCAUGAAAGGAGAGCUGCUUCCCUCUGCUCUCAUCUGGAUCACCUCCAGACCAGCAGCAGCCAAUCAGAUCCCCUCCAAAUACAUCAACCGUCUGACAGAAAUUCAGGGAUUCAAUGAGUCUCAGAAGGAGGAAUAUUUCAGGAAGAGAAUCAGUGACCAGCAUCAAGCCAGCAGAAUCAUCUCACACAUCAGAAGAGCAAAAAGCCUCCACAUCAUGUGCCACAUCCCCGUCUUCUGCUGGAUCUCAUCCACUGUGCUUCAGAAGCUCCUGAAAGAAGAUCUGAGUGCAGAAAUCCCUCAAACUCUGACUGAAAUGUACAUCCACUUCCUGCUGAUUCAGAUCAACAUGAGGAAUCAGAAGUAUGAAGAGAGAGAUCCAGAGAAACUCCUGCAGUCCAACAGAGAAGUGAUUGUGAAACUUGCUGAAGUGGCUUUCAAACAGCUGAUGAAGGGCAAUGUGAUGUUCUAUGAGGAGGACCUGAUUGAGAGCGGCAUAGAUGUCACUGACGCCUCAGUGUAUUCUGGGAUUUGCACUGAGAUCUUUAAGGAGGAAUCUGUGAUUCAUCAGAGGAAAGUCUACAGCUUCAUCCAUCUGAGUGUUCAGGAGUUUCUUGCUGCUUUUUAUGUGUUUUACUACCACGUAAGCAGCACAACAGAAGCAUCUUUAGAUUCAGUGCAUUAUUUAUGUAAAAGAGCAGUAGAUAAAGCCCUUGAGAGUGAGAAUGGACAUCUGGAUCUGUUCCUGCGGUUCCUGCUGGGCGUCUCACUGGAGUCCAAUCAGAGACUCUUACAGGAUCUACUGACACACACAGAGAACAGCUCAGAGAGCAUCAGGAGAACCACACAGUACAUUAAAGAGAAGAUCAAAGAUGGACAUGGACUCUCCACUGAAAGAUCCAUCAAUCUGUUCCUCUGUCUGCUGGAAGUGAAAGAUCAGACUCUGUCCAGAGAGAUUCAGGAGUUUGUGAAAUCAGACAAACACUCAGAGAAGAAACUCUCUCCUGCUCACUGCUCAACAAUAGCCUACAUGCUUCAGAUGUCUGAGGAGGUGCUGGAUGAGCUGGACCUCAAGAAAUACAACACAUCAGAUGAGGGGAGAAGAAGACUGAUACCAGCUGUGAUCAACUGCAGAAAAGCUCUUCUUGCUGGCUGUAAUCUCACUGCUCAGGAUUGUGAAAUAGUGGCAUCAGCUAUUCAGUCCUCAAACUCUGUCCUGAGAGAGCUGGAUCUGAGUAACAAUGACCUGCAGGAUUCAGGAGUGAAAAUAUUCUCUUAUGGACUGAAGAGUCUAAACUGUCAGCUGGAGAUACUGCGGUUGUCUGGCUGUAUGGUGACAGAGGAAGGCUGUGGUUAUUUGUCUUCAGCUCUGAGUUCAAACCCCUCACACCUGAGAGAGCUGGAUCUGAGCUACAAUCACCCAGGACAAUCAGGAGUCCAGCUGCUCAAACACAAACUGGAGGAUCCAAACUAUAAACUGCAGAUACUCAAUUUGGAACAUGGAGGACAUUUACAGGUCAGACCAGGACUGAGAAAAUAUGCUUGUGAUCUCACACUGGAUCCAAACACAGCACACACUCAACUCAUCCUGUCUAAGGGGAACAAAACUGCAAAAUGUGAAAAUGAUCAUCAGCCAUAUCCUGAUCAUGCAGACAGAUUUAAGCCUUAUGAGCAGGUUCUGUGUAGAGAGAGUCUGACUGGACGCUGUUACUGGGAGGUUGAAUGGAGUGGCUCAGGUCAUAUAGCAGUGACAUAUAAGGGAAUCAACCGGAAAGAAGGGAGUGACUGUCGAUUUGGACGCAAUGAAAAGUCCUGGAGUCUUUUCUUUUGUGAUAAGAUGUACACUUUUUGGCACAAUAAUGAGACCAAAGACAUUCUUGCCCCUUUACCCUCCUCUAAAAAAACAGGAGUGUAUGUGGACGUGUCGGCCGGCACUCUGUCCUUCUACAGCGUCUCUGACAAACACACACUCACACACUUACACACAUUCAACAACACAUUCACUGAACCCCUCUAUGCUGGAUUUACAGUUUAUCCUAAUUCUUCAGUGUCUCUGAGUUAGACAAACAACAGAGGCUCUUUUAAAACCCAUUACCAUCUUGCAAAUGUAAGAAAUAUAGAUUGCAUACAAACAAAAUCCUAGAUGAUUACUGACAUCUGAAUAACAAUCUCAUAUUGCAAAAACAAUGUUGUAUUAUGUUGUAUAUGCACUGAAUGAAGCAAAACUUUCACUCCAGAUUGUUGAAUGCUGCUGUAGAUGGUAAAAUAUCACAGGAUAUAAACAGAUCUCGAAGAAAAUGUUUGGGACUUUAAUUAAUGUUACUGAUUAUGUAGCCAACCUCAAAUUCAAUGUGUGGAGGCUGAUGUUGGAGGUUGUCACUGUGUUUAAGAAAAACAACUGACAUUUAUAUUCUGAAUUAGUCUUUGUCUCACUUUCUAGUCUGUGAUGUAACUGUUUACUGACAAUACAAAUUAUUUAUCUUAAUAAACCAGGUUUUCUGAUUUGUCAAUAUGA